CAAGUCCACUUUCUUUCGUUUACACUUUACACUCAUCGAAGUUAAUAAAAUAGUUUGCUAUUGUGUCACGUACGGUGAGUUUUUUUCUGAGUAAUCGCAUAAUUCUAAUAUGGGCGUUGAAUAAUUGUAUUGUUUCCUGUUGAAACUGUUGUAAUCCUUCGCGAAAAAUGGCUGAUCACUUUGGUACGAUAAGUAUGAAAUGGGAUCCAAAGAACUUGGAGAUCCGAACAAUGUCCGUAGAAAAAACCCUGGAACCUUUGGUGUUACAGGUUACAACGUUGGUAAACACCAAAGGGCCAUCGAAGAAAAAGAAGGGACGUUCCAAACGAGCCCAUGUCUUGGUAGCUGCUGUCGAAAAAGCCACUGAGAACUUCAUUGAGAAAGGUGAACAAAUCGCAUACGAGAACCCAGACAUAAAACGAGAAAUGCUCGAUGCUGUGGAAGAAGUACGCAAAACAGGCGAUGCAAUGAGUUUCGCUGCGCGAGAAUUCGCGGAUGACCCGUGCUCUUCGUUAAAAAGAGGAAAUAUGGUACGAGCAGCUCGUAAUCUAUUGUCAGCUGUUACAAAGCUUUUAAUAUUAGCCGAUAUGGUUGACGUUCACCUUCUACUGAAAUCAUUACGUGUGGUUGAAGACGAUUUAGAAAAGGUGAAAAACGCCUCUAGCCAAGGUGAAUUAAUCGAUAACAUUAAGAUGUUCGGUCGCAAUGCUGCCGACUUGAUGACUCAGGCAGCUAAACGACAACAGGAACUUAGAGAUCCUGAAUUACGCGAUGACCUUGCCGCUGCUAGAGCGAUUCUCAAAAAACAUUCCACAAUGUUGCUAACUGCAUCGAAGGUAUACGUCCGUCAUCCUGAACUGGCAGCUGCGAAAGAAAAUCGGGAUUACGUUUUGAAACAAGUCUGCAAAGCUGUUAAUACUAUCAGCGAAGUAGCACAAGGAGAUAAACGUCGCCAGACUAUGUUAGAAAAUACUUACGAUGGUCCUGGUGAAUUAGCUGCAGCUCUAGAUGAUUUCGAUGAACAAAUGGUCAUGGAUCCUUUAACAUACAAUGAAGUCAGAACUCGUCCAUCUUUGGAAGAACGUCUCGAGAGUAUCAUCAGCGGAGCAGCUUUAAUGGCUGACUCUUCUUGCACAAGAGACGAACGUCGUGAAAGAAUCGUCGCUGAAUGUAACGCUGUUCGACAAGCUUUACAAGAUUUACUCACCGAGUACAUGGCCAACCAAGUACAUUUACAAAGAGGAGGAAAAAGGAUGAGCGUUAAAGAGACUAGCGAAGGAUUAGAACGAGCCAUUGAUAAUAUGUGCCGAAAAACAAGAGAUUUAAGGAGACAGUUGAGGAAAGCUGUUGUCGAUCAUGUAUCUGACAGUUUCUUGGAGACGAGCGUACCUUUGUUGGUUCUUAUCGAAGCUGCUCGAGCCGGUAACGAGAAAGAUGUCGAAGAAUGCGCUGCUGUUUUCAAAGAACACGCUAAUAAAUUGGUCGAGGUGGCAAAUCUAGCCUGCAGUAUGUCCUCUAAUGAAGAUGGCGUCAAAAUGGUGCGAUACGCGGCCGCACAAAUCGACAACUUGUGUCCGCAGGUAAUAAACGCAGCUCGCAUAUUGGCAGCUAGACCUCGUUCGAAGGUAGCUCAAGAAAACAUGGAUGUCUUCCGCGACGCUUGGGAAAAUCAAGUACGCGUUUUGACCGAAGCCGUUGACGAUAUCACAACUAUCGAUGAUUUCUUGGCCGUUUCUGAAAAUCAUAUCUUGGAUGACGUGAAUAAAUGCGUGCAUUCGCUUCAAGAAGGCUAUGCCGAUACAUUGGACAGGACGGCUGGUGCUAUCAGAGGUCGAGCGGCUCGAGUUUGCAACGUUGUAACCGCCGAAAUGGAUAAUUACGAACCUGGAACGUACACCGAUCGAGUACUCGAAGCGAUCAAAGUGUUACGUGAUCAAGUGAUGCCCAAUUUCGCACAACGCGUCCAAAUGGCUGUCGACGCACUUUCUUCGAAUCCUCCGAAAGAUGUAGAUGAAAAUGAAUUUAUCGAUGCGUCCAGACUCGUGUACGAAGGUGUGCGUGAAAUACGUCGUGCAGUUUUAAUGAACAGAACAUAUGACGAAUGGGAUCCCGAAGAUAUUGAUAACGAUGACCAUCAAACCGUGGUUAGCAAAUCGAGCGCACAUACUGGUGACCAUGGAGUGGACGAAUAUCCAGACAUUAGCGGAAUUACUACAGCUAGAGAAGCUAUGCGUAAAAUGACCGAAGAAGAUAAACAGAAGAUCGCCCAACAAGUUGAACACUUCCGCAGCGAAAAAUUGAAAUUCGAUAGAGAAGUAGCCAAAUGGGACGACGCCGGCAACGAUAUAAUUGUGUUGGCCAAACAUAUGUGUAUGAUUAUGAUGGAAAUGACAGAUUUCACAAGAGGUCGUGGUCCUUUGAAAACUACGAUGGAUGUGAUAAACGCAGCCAAAAAGAUCUCCGAAGCUGGAACGAAAUUGGAUAACUUGACUAGGAAGAUCGCAGAACAAUGCCCCGAAUCGUCGACUAAGAAAGAUUUAUUAGCCUAUUUGCAGCGGAUCGCUUUAUAUUGCCAUCAGUUAAAUAUUACUUCCAAAGUCAAAGCUGAUGUGCAAAAUAUCAGCGGUGAAUUGAUCGUGUCUGGGCUGGACAGUGCUACUUCUCUUAUUCAGGCUGCUAAAAAUCUGAUGAACGCGGUAGUAUUGACGGUCAAAGCUUCUUACGUAGCGAGCACAAAAUACCCGAGACAAGGACAAAUCACCGAAGUGAACGAAUGUGGCAUGGCGACUUGCGAUAAUCCUCCAUUAUUCUUCUUUCCAAUCACACCAAACUACGCUAUACUUUAUACGGUUUAUUUGUCUCCGAUCGUUGUUUGGAAGAUGAAAGCGCCAGAAAAGAAACCUCUGGUAAGACCAGAGAAACCAGAAGAAGUCCGAGCCAAAGUACGAAAAGGCAGUCAAAAGAAGGUGCAGAAUCCUAUCAAAGCUCUUAGCGAAUUCCAAAGUCCCACUGAAUCAGUUUAAGAAUUUUAGCGUGUAAUAUUAAUUCCUAUAAAUGGUAGCAAAGUUUUAUUUAUUGUAGUGUUUUUUUUUUAAAAACAAUACCGACUAGUUUUCGGGUAUUCCAUUAUACAUUCUAUUACGCACCUUAAUUCUUUUUUCUGUUUCUUCUUCUUCUUCCCCUCCGCUUGAUAUGCGUUAUUCUUUUUAUUUUAUUUUUGUUUUGAUUUAUUUUUCGUAUAUUUUCUAACGUGGUGUACCGUUACGAUAUUUUUAGACAUUUUUACGGUAUUAUACACAUUUUUUAUACUUUUAUAAAUGUGCGCAGAAUGAUAUAUUUAUGUUUUUAUUUGAUUAAUAAUUAUAUUCUCGUAUUUAAUGUGAAUAUUGAUAAGAGAUAUCACUGUGUACUUAUUAUAUUAUAUUCGUAUUUCCGGAGGA